AUGUUACUACGUUCUCUGUUGUCUUUUACCUUUGCUGCGGUCACAGUCCUCGCCGCUCCUGUCUCUAUACAACAUGCCAAGUAUAAACGAGAUCUGGCUACGAUUCAAGCUGCCCUCAACACCAUCAACUCUGCGCUUCAGGGUCUCGACAAUUCUGUGAAAGCCACCAACACGGUCACCCUCGGAGGCGGUAUCCAGCUCUUGAACGCCGUCGGCAACGUCAAGAGUUCCAUCGAAGAUGCCACGACCCAGGUCCAGGGUUCCGAAGUCCUCAACAAAAAGGAUGCGCUCAACCUCAAGGCCGCAACGGAUGCUCUCACGAACAACGUCAAGGUCACCAUCAAUGACGUCGUAGCUAAGAAGUCUCUGGUUGAUUCCUUGGGCGCAACACCGCUGGUGGCUGUUGCUCUCCAGGACCAAAAGUCCGCCAGUGUCGCCCUCGCUCAGGCUCUCGUUAGCAAGGUUCCUCCCGAACUCACCGGUGACGCUCAAAAGAGCGCGACGGCUCUCAGUACCGUUCUGGACCAAGGCAUCGGCGUCUUUGGCGGCACUUCUGUCCCUCCUCUCCCUGCCGCGCCCCCACCAGGUCCACCAGCCGCCCCUCCCGGAGCCACAACUGUUUGCCAAGCUGUGAUGCCGGACGGGACUGCCGUUGGGUUAGCGACUGCUAUUGACAAUCCCCCGCCCCCUCCCCCUGCUGCUGCCCCGGAGGCUCCAGCAGAAGCUCCGGCAGCGGGAGGAGGUGGAGGAGGAGGAGGAGGACUUUUGGGUGGAUUAAUGGGAUUGCUCGGCCUCAGGAAGCAUUAA